GGGAGCCCUCGGGCCCGCUGAAGGUGAGCCGGCUGUCAUGGCGUCCUCAGUACCCGGUGCCUACUUGACCCACCAGCAGAAAGUGUUGCGGCUUUAUAAGCGGGCGCUGCGCCACUUAGAAUCCUGGGUCAUCCACAGGGAUAAAUACCGGUACUUUGCUUGUUUGCUGAGAGCCCGGUUUGAAGAACACAAGAAUGAAAAGGACAUGGUAAAGGCCACACGGCUGCUGAGGGAGGCGGAGGAGGAGUUCUGGCACAAUCAGCAUCCACAGCCCUAUAUCUUCCCUGACUCUCCUGGAGGCACCUCCUAUGAGAGGUACGAGUGUUACAAGGUCCCGGAGUGGUGCUUAGAUAACUGGCAUCCUUCUGAGAAGGCAAUGUACCCAGAUUACUUUGCCAAGAGAGAGCAGUGGAAGAAACUGCGCAUGCAGAGCUGGGAGCGAGAGGUGCAGCAGCUGCAGGAGGAAACCCCGCCUGGGGGUCCUCGGACUGAAGCUUUGCCCCCUGCUCGAAAGGCAGGCGAUUUACCCCCCCUGUGGUGGCAUAUUGUGACCAGGCCCCGGGAGCGACCCAUGUAAAGAGAGGGGAAGCCACCCCACUGUCCAGUUUGUAAGUGAAAUGUGUUACAGACUACAUACACACUUGCCCUAAUAAAAAUACACAAACAUGGUC